AUGCUCCGCAACACUCUCGUUCUUGCUGCACUAGCAAUCAAUGCUGCUGCCGGACCUUGCAGACCCGCUACUUCUUCCAUCGAGCUUCUGUCAACAACGAUCGGUUUGACCGAGGCGUCUUACGAGACUUCCCUCACCGAGGAAACAUCUUCUGCUUCUGUUACGGAGACUGCGGACGUAGUCCCCACGACUACCAUUUCCAUCGCCAGCUCAGAGGCGACAACCACAGCCGAGGCUAUCCCUACCUCUGACUCUGAGUCAACAACAACUUCGGUAGAUGGCUGCGUUGCAAGUCUUACAGCAGCAGGCGGCGAGCCUCGGCAAACUGAUCGGAUAGCUGACUGCCAGGAUUUCAACGUUGUCACCGUCAGCUCGUACGCAGUGACUCAAACAGUAUACAAGCGUGGGAGCAUUAUUAUAAUCCCUACAAAUGCUAUUCGCCGUCGUGCUGAAGGUGAUGCCGCGACGACUAUCCUGCCGACAGGUAUUCCUGUUUAUGCUACGUACUGCAAUGGUCCCGCAGCCUACUAUGAGGCAUGCUCUGCGUUUGGCGUCACUGCGUUCACAACUACAAUUCCAGAGCCCACGAGCACUGAGAUUAUCAUUACGAACUAA